AUGUUUUCAUCCUUGGUUUCAAGAGAAGGAGAGACAAAGAGGAGCCGCAAGACCAGCAGCAACAUGUUCAGCUCGUCGAGACACGUCACAGACAUCAGCACGGCGAUCAAGAAGGCAUGCACCCCUGAAGACACUGCUUCCAAGCGGAAACAUGUGAGGGCCUGUAUAGUGUACACGUGGGAUCACAAGAGUUCCAAGGAUUUCUGGGAGACAAUGAAGGUCGUUCCUUUGAAGAACACCGACACACAGUUGUUUAAGGCGUUGAUUCUCAUCCACAAGGUGCUGCAGGAGGGACACCCUUCCGCAUUGGUUGGAGGAUUCAAGAACAUGGAAUGGAUAUCCAAUUUGGACACCUUGAGAACUCUAGACAGACGGUUCCAGGUGCUAAUUCCAGAAUACGUCAAUUACAUCCUACAAAAGUUGAGGUUCCAUCAUAAUCACCGCGGUUUCAAUGGUACCUUUGAAUAUGAGGAGUAUGUAUCGUUGAGAACUGUAUCGGAUCCAAACGAGGGUUAUGACGCUAUCUUAGACUUGACUUCAUUGCAAGACUCUUUAGACUCGUUUGGUAGAGAUAUUUUUGCAACGGUUCGUAAUAACAACUCCGAAUGUAUCAUUAGUGCAUUGGUGCCAAUUGUUGCAGAAUCAUAUGGUAUCUAUAAAUUCUUAAUCUCAAUGCUCAGGGCAAUGUACAAAAUGUCGGAUUCGGCAGAAAUUUUGGAACCGCUGAAGUCUAAAUUUGAAGACCAGCAUGAACGUCUAUAUGACUUUUAUGCAAACUGCUCCAAUAUUCGGUACUUGACAACAUUAAUAACUAUUCCGAAGCUACCAUUCGAGGCCCCAAACUUGAUUAUUCAAAAUGAUGAAGAUGAAAACGUCAAUUUACCGCCUUUGACAGAACAGAAAACUGCCGCUACGACUUUGAGGCAUUCACCAACACCUUUUGAGCAAGAAAAUGAGCGUCAACAACAACAAGCUCCUAUUGCGACCCAACCAACAGGUAUGGUUAGAAAUGCAUUUGUUGAACAACAGCAACUCUAUGAGCAGCAACAACAACAAUUGGAGCAACAACGCCAGGCAGAAUUACAACAACAACAGCAACAGCAAUUGGCACAACAACAAUACUGGGAGCAACAACAGAGACAACAAGCUGAAGCUCAACAGUUGGCUCAGCAGCAGUUGUUGUUGGAUCAGGCUCAAAGACAUGCACAGGGACGAGUUGCUGAAUUGGAAAGAGACAUUUUAACUUUAAAGGGGCAGUAUGAUAAUGAUCAGCUCAUGCUUCAGAGCUAUGAUCAAAAAGUUCAGGCGCUAGAGAAUGAAUUGGCAUCCACGACUCAAACUGCACAAGAACAGUUGGCUUCCAAGGACGAGCAAUUGAACUUACUACAAGAACAAGUUGAAUAUUGGAAAAAUAAGUAUGAAUCCCUAGCCAAAUUGUACUCUCAACUUAGAACUGAGCACCUAAACCUUUUGACUAAAUCGAAAAAGAUCCAACAGAAGGCUGCAUCUGCUCAGGAAGCUAUUGAAAAGCGUGAAAAACUUGAAAGGGACAUGAAGGCCAAGAAUAUUGAAUUGGCAGAUUUGAUCAAGGAAAGAGAUAGGGCUAGAUUAGAGCUUGAAAGAUUCAAGAAUGGCACUAAAACCGAUCUGCAGACUCUUCAACUUGAAAAGGAUGAACUGGAACAAAAGUUGGCUACCUUGGAUAGGGCACAAUCUGCUAAUUUAACUGCUAUUUUCAAUCAACACAAUAAGGAGUUGCAGGAAUUGCAGAAUAAAUUUAAGGAUGUUACCUUGAAUGCACCCAGCGAUGAGAAACUAAAACAACUUGAAGAGCAACUUCAAGAAAAGGAUCUUGAAAUUGAAAUGAUGCAACAAACUAUGGAUGAAACUAUCAAAGAUCUAGUAAAGACCCAAAAUUCUAGAGAAGAAAAAUCUGAGAUGCAGAAUAAACUAAAUUCUACCAAAGUUCUGGGCCUUAUUGAUGCUAUUUUAAAAUCGGGUAUUAAUAGAAUUCAGGAUGCUGUCUUUGAAUUAGAUUCUCCUAUGCAAGCAGGUAAUUUGAACUCUUCCCCGGAAUAUGUCUUAACUUUACUUGAGAAAUCUUCUGGUUUGGUUACUGACUUUGCCUCAAGCUUUAAUAACAUGUUAGUAGAUGGUGAUAAUGCCAAUGAAGCUCUCGUCAUUGAUAGUAUUACAAAUUUUACAACAUCAAUCAGCGAUAUUUUACUGAAUACAAAAGGUUUGACUAGAUUAACAAAGCAGGAUGAUUUCCAAGAUGAUCUAAUUGAUACUGCGAAGGACAUUGCUGAGAUUUCUGAAGUUUAUUUGGAGUCCCUAUAUCAUUCGAAUCUUGUCAAUAAAAGUAUUGAUGAUCAAACUGAUAUUGUAAUCAAUGGUAAUAUUGAUGUUCAAGAGAUCCUCCAAACAUUAUUACAGUUAGUAGAAUCCAUGAAGACACCUAGCUCCAAGAUUGAUCUCAGCAAAGUUGACGGUGAAUUGAGUGAUUUGGUUGAUAAAGAAAUGGAACAUGCAUCUAGAGUUAUUGAGGAAGCUUCUGUUCAUUUAUCAUCACUUUUGAAUCAACCUUUUGAUGUUUCAAUGUCAUCAAUUGACAUUGAAGUUAAUAAGUCGAUCUUGGCAGCUGCCUCCGCAAUCAUUACAGCCAUUAAAUACUUGAUUCGUGCAUCUAUCGAAUCUCAAGAAGAGAUUGUCAAUAAUGGUAGAGGAUCACAUUCAAAAACGUCCUUUUAUAAGAAAAAUAAUAAGUGGACCGAAGGUUUAAUAUCAGCGUCUAAGUCAAUUGCAUAUUCUACAAAUACUUUGAUAAGAAUAGCAGACGGAGUCUUACAGAAUAAGCAUUCAAAUGAAGAGUUGGUUGUGGCAUCAAGAGAAGUUGCAGCAUCCACAGCUCAGUUGGUUUCUGCCGCUAGAGUCAAAUCCCAAUUUAUGUCAAAGACCCAGAACAAGCUAGAAGAUGCGUCAAAGAAAGUCAACCUGGCUUGUAAACAACUAGUUGAUCAAGUCAAUAAAUUGAUAAUUGGUAAACAUGAAGUCGAAGAUAUCGAUUAUAGCAAACUUUCCAUCCAUGAAAAUAAGACUGCGGAAAUGGAACAACAAGUUGAAAUUUUAAAACUGGAGAACGCUCUUUCUUCAGCAAGAAAAAGAUUGGGUGAAAUCAGAAAGUUCAGUUAUAAAGAUGAUGAUAGCGGUGAAGAGUGA